AUGAAUUCAAUAGUGGAUAUAGAUGACAUACUCUCUGAGAACGACCAGUGGAAGAAACUAGAAGAAGAAUGGGGCAACCCUAUCGACCUAGAAGUGGAGACGGAGGAAGACCAGCCCCAAAUUACCCGAGUCAUCAGCUGUCUAGAUCUUAAAACAACAUUUGACUCGUCGUUUCUGUUCAAGAAGGUCCGGCGUAAUUUAGGAAGACAGCUGUCAAAGAAGUCUACAGCAUCAGCGUUGGAGUAUAAUGAAUUCAUCAGUGACCUUCGGCCUAGCAGGGAAUCUUCUCAGCACUUCUUCAACAUUGUAUCCACAGCAUCUCUUGACGAAAUCUGUAGAAAGAUCGACGAUAUAUUCAAAUCUAUCGACAAACUAUCAACAUGCAGCAUGAAACGGAAACUUCCAGAAGUAGUCGACUGCAGCAUAUCAGCUACAGAUCUAUCGUUUGAUGAUACAGUACAGGAUAGCUACAGUAGCGAGAUAGACAGACACAUGGAGGAGGCCUUUCAGGAGUUAAGCAGCAUUAAAGGUGCAGAACAAAUAGACCAGUCCACGCUCGAGUCGGUGACGACGAUGGUGAGGAAAUUUAGCAGAAUUCUGGAACAUCCGAUUAUGAAAUGUAGUAGGCGUAGGCAAAGACAGUGUAGUGACAAGUUUAAAGAUUUAGCUGAGUUUUGGAAUAGUCGAGCGUUUAAAAAGUAG